AUGUAUUUGGCCGUCGUCGAGGUCGCCGUCGCCGUCGUUGUCGCCGUCGUUAUUGCCGUUGUCGCCGUCGCCGUCGUUGCCCCGUCAACCGGGAAGUAUACCUUACUUUAUGUUAAGCUAUCGGCCGGGUCCAAACGCCAACGUGAGGACCUCGUCCAGUCGGGCAUCGAAAAUGCCAUAAGGCGUGACAGUUGUUAA